UGUAGUUCCGCACUUUUCCGGCAUCAGCCUUUCCUAAACAGUGCGUUAUUGUAGUUGGACGUUGCCUGAAAUAAUCAGGUAACAUCUCUAGUUUUUAAUUGUUUGUUAAACUAACAAACUGUCAAAAUGCCUCCUAAGUUUGAUCCUAAUGAAGUUAAGAAAGUGUACCUAAGAUGUGUUGGAGGUGAAGUAGGAGCUACUUCAUCCCUUGCCCCAAAAAUUGGUCCCCUUGGUCUUUCACCUAAGAAAGUUGGUGAUGACAUUGCUAAAGCAACUUCUGACUGGAAGGGUCUUAAGAUAACUGUUCAACUGACCAUUCAAAACAGACAGGCUACAAUAUCUGUUGUGCCAUCAGCUGCAUCACUGAUCAUUAAAGCCUUGAAAGAACCACCCAGGGACCGUAAAAAAGUCAAAAAUGUUAAACACAGUGGUAAUCUUUCAUUUGACGAAGUUAUCAAUAUUGCACGUUCUAUGAGGCCUCGAUCAAUGUCACGUCAGCUUAAAGGUACCGUCAAAGAAAUUCUUGGUACCUGCCAAUCUGUGGGAUGUUUAAUUGAAGGCAGAUUACCUCACGAUAUUAUUGAUGAAGUCAACAGUGGAGAGAUGGAAGUAUCAGAAGAGUAAAUGAUGGUUUACUACUUUGGUAAUAAAAAAACAUAAAAUCUAA